AUGUUUCCUUACGUAGGUGAGAAGAAACUCGGUACGGUAAUCACUCCCGAUACGUGGAAAGAUGGUGCAAGAAACACUACAGAAAGUGGUGGCCGCAAGUUAAAUGAAAACAAGGCAUUGACCUCAAAGAAGGCACGGUUUGAUCCUUAUGGAAAGAACAAAUUUGCAAUAUGUCGGAUUUGUAAGAGUUCUGUCCAUCAGCCAGGGUCUCACUAUUGUCAAGGAUGUGCCUAUAAAAAAGGUAUCUGCUCAAUGUGUGGCAAGAAGGUCUUGGAUACGAAGAACUACAAGCAAACUUCUGUCUAAUUGUAUUCACUAGUCUUUUUAUGAACUUUAACUUCUGUGUCUUUGUACAGUAACUUUUCUCUAAAAUAAUUUGUGAAUAUUAGUUUCUGGAAGAUAAUACAUUUACUUGGAAUGAGAUGAGAGGUAAAGACAGCCUGAUUGUUUACCUAGAAAUGUACAUAAUAUUUGAUUUUUGUUGUUUUAGCACUAAUGUUAACUGAUAUUUAAAGGUAAUCAACUGAUACAGUUCAAAGUGAAUGAGAAGGUCCUAGUGGAUAAGUUGAAGCUAUGUUACUAUCAUAACACAGAUCUUUGAGAUUAACUUUUAUUCUUUUACUGUAUCUUGAGUCUUCUGCUUGUCUGAUAGUAAUAUUUUAUAGAUAUACAAAAUAUGAGCUUGUAUCACCUCAUUAAAGUAGUAUCUUCAUUUA